UCUGCGCGUCCGCGCUUCCUUCUUCGUAUACACACAUAUAAGCAGGCAGCAGCCGCGUUCCUUCUUGCAAAACCGUCGCGGCGCUUUAAAGCACUGCUUUUCGGUUUUCUCGUUUCGGCCACCAGUGUUGUGUCUCGUAGUGAAUUAGGUAUUAUCGAACCAGAGAGAAGUAGGAAGAAGAGCAGAGUUUCGUUCGAGGUGCGUGGAAGUGUGAAAUAAGUGCUGAGAGCUUGCAAGCUCUUUGUGCGGCGGCGUUGACAUGAGAGUCGAGAGUAACGCUGCUGCGGUGUGCCGUCAGUGAGACGGAGUAACACGCAUAGUGCGACGCUUUCUCUCUCUCCCCUAAUACUCUGCAUGUUUCGGGGAUGAUGAUGACGAUAAUGGCCUCGUCAUUGGCUGCUGGACGCUAUAGCCUCUACCGGCUACUCUUCGUCCUCCUGGCAAUCGCAUACUGCGCUCGGGCUAAUGACAGUGUCAACAACAACGAGCAGCUGGCUUCCAACGAGGAUAAAACAAGCUUCGAGGCGGCUUUUCAGGGGAGAUGUGGGCAUGGCUCGCCGUGCGAGCAGCUGUGCUACGAGUUACACGACGGCAUGUACGAGUGCGACUGCAGGGACGGAUACAUACUGCACAAGAACGGCUACAGCUGCGCUGAGCUGAACACGACGUCGGCAUCGUCGAGCGAGAGCAUGGGUCCGGCGGUGGAGGUGGUCAUAAAUAACGCAAGCGCGCGAAUAACGCCGAAAGCCGAGCAGCAGCUGGACGUUGUCGACGAGGAUGGCGAUGACGGCAACGAGGACAUACUCUACAUGCGUGGCGCUUCCUUUACGAUACACCUGGAUACGCCCAGGAGCAAUGCUACCGCAAACCAGUCGAGAAUCGCCGACGAGAAUGACGAGGUCAACGAGAUACCCGACGACGACGACAACAACGCCGACAACGACGACGACGAGCUUGACGAUGAAUUUGAUGACAUUGAUGAUCCCAAGCCAUCGUCUAUGCCACAGAACUCAAGCCCGGUUCAGCGUCAAGAGCAGCAGCCACCACGUCAGCAAGAAUCGGUGAUGUCAACGGAGCCGACGUCCAACCAAGAAUCAAGCUGCAGUCUGGACUGUGGCGCAGGCAGCUGUUACGUAGAUCAAGAUCCGACGUCUCGAGACGAUUCGAACGACGUGAUCGUUGAGUCAAGACGGCGCAAGCGAAGAAGUAGCGGCAGCAGCGCGACUCAAAGGUGUCAGUGUCCCUUGGGUCGUGGAGGCGAUCGAUGCCAGCACGACGAGGAGGUGAGGUCGCCACGGUUCACCGGUCUGGGUUGGUUAGCUUUCCCGGCGCUGCACGCCGCCUACAAGCACGUCCAGCUACAGCUCGAGUUCCGACCAGAAGCUUGGGACGGCGUACUCUUGCUUGCCGGUGAGAGGGACGAUCUUCAAGGGGACUUCAUGGCGCUCAUCUUACAUCACGGAUACGUCGAGUUCAGAUUUGACUGUGGUAGUGGCGUGGGUAUUGUGAGAAGUUCCGAGACCGUCAAACUGAACGAAUGGAAUGUUCUGAAUAUCUACCGUCAUCGCUGGGAUGCGUGGCUGCAAUUGAAUCAAGAGAAACGCGUGCAAGGCAGAUCAAAGGGUCUAUUCUCAAGGAUCACGUUCAGGGAGCCGUUGUUCAUCGGUGGCCCGGGCAAUACGAGUGGCCUCGAGCGACUGCCAGUUCGCACGGGUUUCCGAGGCUGCGUCCGCAAUCUCGAGGUCAACGAGCACCGCUAUCAUUUCCCUUUGACACCACUCGGUGACGCCCUCAAUGGAUUUGACGUCGAGAAGUGCACGGCCGACCGAUGUAGCAAAGUGCCAUGCGAGCACGGAGGCAAAUGCUUGACAAGCGGCGGAGACACAGCUGUCUGCUUAUGUCCGCUCGGCUAUACUGGUGACCUCUGCGAGACAAGGGUGGAUCUGCAGGUGCCAUCGUUUAACGGCUCGUCGUACCUGAGAUACGCGGGCCUGGGCGAGUCGUCACUGUCAUGGUUGGAAUUGUCGGUGACACUGAAGCCAACAAGCCCCGACGGUGUGAUUCUGUAUAACGGCCAUCACAGCGACGCCACCGGCGAUUUUAUUGCACUCUACCUGCAGCAGGCCCACGUGCAAUUUACGUUCGACCUGGGAACUGGAUGCGCCACCUUGAGGAGUGAAAAGCCAGUGCAGAUGGGCGAAUGGAUCGAGAUACGAGUUUCGAGGACAGGGCGUCUGGCGUCCCUCGAAGUUGAGAACGAGCCAGCUCAGGAGAUACUUGCUCCUGGAGCUUUCACUCAACUUUCCUUGCCUCUAAAUCUGUACCUUGGUGGCGCGCCUAAUGCCGAGAUGUAUUCACCCAAAAUGAAGACCAAAGUCAGCUUCGUCGGUUGCAUACAGCAAGUUGUACUCAAUCGCAAGGAGAUCGGUAUCCUAGCGGAAGCACUAGGCGGUGUAAACGUUGGAAACUGUGGCCACGCUUGUGAGGCACGUCCGUGCGGCGACGCCGAGUGCAGACCAUUACGCGAUCGCUUCACCUGCCGCUGUCGACCUGGACUACCACAUCCGUGCCCAGCGCCCGACGAGACAAGUCUACCGCAUACAAGCCACCUAACACCCGAGCCUAUCAGCAGCGUCACUUUACAAAUGAUGUCCACAAGCAGCUCGCCGAUAACGCAGUCAACGGUGCCGAGCUUCACGGGAAUGGAGAGUUACUUGCAUUUUGAUGAUGCAGAUACGAUGAAGAGGAUAAUCAGCUAUAAUUUGGACAUAAACAUGCGGUUCCGAGCGAGUAGCAACAGCGGACUGCUGUUAUGGAGCGGAAGGCAAUCGAAUCCGCAAGAACAAAGGGAUUCUAAUGAGGACUUCCUGGCGCUUGGACUCGAUCAAGGUUAUCUCACUCUCGCCUACAACCUCGGCUCUGGCGAGGCUGUGCUUAGAUACAAUCUCACGAGAUUGGACGACGACCUCUGGCAUCGUGUCCGCGCUGUCAGAAAUGAACGGCGAGCUUCGCUCGUAGUAGACAACGGCAACGGAGUUUCCGCCGAAUCACCGGGACAAUUGAGACAACUGAAUACGGACACUGGCCUCUACAUCGGAGGCGCACCGAGCAUCUCGAGGACGACAGGUGGUCGUUACAUGAAAGGCAUUGUCGGGUGCAUAAGCGACUUGGUAUUAGACUCGGACUACUCGGUGUCUCUAUCGUCGCCAGGCCAAACGACCAACACGCACACCUGCAUUCCCUGAGUGCCGCACGAACUCGAGCUUAACAACGACUACACGCUCCUGGGCCAGCGAUAGAAGACAAACAGUGGCUGUCUUGUCCCCCACUCCUCCUCGUCCUCCUCUCCUCAUCCUCCCCCUCAUCCCCCCUCAUCCUUCCCCUCGUCCUUCUUCUUCUCCAGACUUAUUUGUCUCGUUCGCGAUAGCAAGUAUGCCACGGCAAACGCAAUCAUUUUGUAAAUAUUAUUAGCCCACCCUACGCAUUCGACGCACGCGAUCGAGUGGACUCAAUAUUACAAUUAUGCUGAACUACGAUAUUACUGCUCUACUCUUGCUGAUACCUUGUCGCACGAUUCUGUGCGAUGCUGUACACGAUGGGCAUAGCGCUUACUUCGCCUUCCGUUUGCCAUUCUUUUCCACGGUGUCGUUCUUGUUUGUUAGCAAGCGUACACUUUCCCCACUCUAAUGAUGCUAGUAACAGUGUAUAGAAUACGUCCGUACACAUUGAUCACAGAUAAAUUAGUAAAAAUAGUUCUUUUUAGCGACCAGAGAGAUAAAACGCAUUGAUAUAGCAGAGUGUAAUAUUUUCUACGAUAAAUAAAAUCAAUGCAACUUAUUUAGCCUCCGAUCAAAUGUCACUCUAUGAUGUACGUCUUCGAGACUCCGUGACGUUUCUUUUUCCUUUCCACAAAGUAAGUUUCGCUUACUUUAUUCUCAUUUGACUUACAUAUAGGAUGCAUGUCUAUUGUAAUAAACGUAUAAAACGCGAGUGCGUGGUGAAGACGGAAGCUUAGAAAAAUUGUAUUUUAGAUAAGCCAAAAGAAUAGUCAAACUUUUUCGUGGACAACUUCGUCUCUAAAGUACAUUUUUUCUUCGGCACUUGAUUCAGUGUUACUUUUGCAACAGUUUGCUAAUGGGAUAAGUGAAAUAUUAAAUACUGAAUAGGCCUAAGCAAGAUAAACAGAUAAAUUAGGACGUUAUUGAGUCGAAAGUGUAAUUACGCGUUCGCAUCUUUUUCGAAAUUCAAAAUCGUGCUUUGAUUACUUUUAUUGCUGGUAAAUUUGAAUGGCGAUUAUAAGACCGUUUUUAAAAAAAUAUUUGAUUGGUAAUUAGAAAUUCAGAAAGAAUUUACGAAAUGUGAUAAGCCCACAUCAUAUGUUGUGACAUCAGUCAUAUACGAGCUUUCUGUCCUUUAUUAAAUAUGGAUACAAAAGAAGUGACAUUGAAAAGAUUUUUUAAGAGUACAACCAAGCAAACUAGAUAUUAAAAAAUAAUAUCGAAAGAUACCUACGAGAAGCUAAAUAAAUAAAUCAAACCACAAGGUUGUUUGAGAACUUGAAGAUUCAAUUAAAAUUUGUAUAUCAUACGAUAAGAAAGAGGUCAAUACGUAUUGCAUCAUAUCGUAAAUGUAAAGCAAAUAUUCUAGGAAAGAAAACAAAGACUCAAAAUGAUCUUGCAGAUAUAUUAGCAAAAAGAGUGAAAAAGAAAACACGUGUAUCGUCACGGAAAAAGUUAUUUUGAAGCACCUUUCCCUAAACCACAUCGUAGAAGCAAUCGGCUGUAGUCAAUUUUGUACAAGUGUUAUUUUCUGGAAUAUAUAUAUAAAUAUAUAAAUACAUAUAUACAUAAAUAGAUAGAUAUAUAUUAUAAAUAUGAAAAUUAAGUUACUAACGGUAUAAAUAAUAUGGAGGAAGAUAAAAUGCAGUCUGCACCAAAAUAAAAAAAUAAGUGAAUUGAUGCCGGCGAAACUCGUAAAGAACACGCAAUUUUGCAAAGCUUAUCACGCAUUUGUUAUUCAAUUUAAGUAAAGUAUGAAAAAAAUAUGUAAAUUAUUAUUGCUUUAUCUGAGGAAUCCUAUUCCAAUACGGUGAACAAUGAAUAUAUUGAAAAGUGGUAAAUAUCCUUUGUCAAAACUAAUAUUUUCCAAUUGCAAUAAUACAUAGAAUCUUAAAAAAUCACUGAACAGAGUUUCCUUCAUCGAGAUUUCAAAGUGAUCAGUCAAAUAGUUUUUCAAAAAGUAUAAUAAUUUUAAAACUUUUAUCAUGUUUUACGCAAAUAGAUCUCAUUAAAUUUAUUGAAAUUUUGAAAUAUUUCCUAUGAAAAUAAUCUACCAAUUAUAUAUAUGAAAUGAUAAUGUUUUGUAAUCAAAGUUAUUUACAAUUAUUAGUUAUUACAAAUAAAAUAAAGUUCCAAAUAAGUGAUCUCAAUAAAUAAACUCUGUUUCUAUAAAAUAAUUAAUAUUAAGUUGAGUCGUAUGUAAUAAUGAAUGAAAUUAUAAUCAAUAAGAAUGACGAAAAAAUAACUUAUUAAAAAGUUAUAUAUCACAAUUCAAAGCAAGAUAUUGAUUUAAAGCAAUAAAGUCUGUUAGUUAAAUCAUUUAUUAUUGAUCCAACGGGAUAAUAAAUUUCUUUUAUUAGCGUAUAUAAAUAGAUAAUUAAUGAACGCAGAAACUCUAUCGUUAUAUGCUUUCGAAGUUCAAUUGAGCAAGUCUUCUAAAAUGAUUUCCUUGAACGGAAAUCUAGCACACAUUAAGUGUACAUAAAAAAAGUAUCGAUAUGAAACAAGAAUAUGUGUAUUGAAUGUACGAAUAGAUGAUUGUAUUAACAUAAGAAGCAUAUAAAUUCAAAAUGUACAGAACAUUUUGCAGUUUUCAGCUGAAAAGCCGCUCUAUACUGAAACUACAUCUUCCGCAGCGAUGAACGUUUGAUAAAAGAAUUAAAAUGAUAAUAACUCGUAACUGAAUUCUUUGCUAGAAAGGUGAAGUAUUAAAAUCAAAGAGAAUGUAAGCUGAAAAGGUCCUGUACGAGAAAAGCUAUACAUAGUAUUUCUAUUAUGUCCGUCUGCAAAGUCUAUUAGAAGAGUCUAUCCAACCUGAUCCUUUACGAUUUCAGAGCAAAGCAAGCACGUGUGAGUUUCCUCUGUGUAGUGAACGAAAAGAAUGGCUGAUAUAUUAGGAGAAAGUGUUAUGGAUCGUUGCUAAAUAGCUAAUUAAGUAAGCAAGCGACAAUGUCAUUUUUUGUCAAAGAAUAAUGUAUACUUUGUCACGAAUUUCACUGUAAAUAAUUCAUCAUAAUUUUUGGUGGUUUUAUAAUAUAAAAAACAAGAAAGAAAACAAUGACAAAAAAGAUACGUCGACUGCACUUUUCCGUAAUAUCACAUAUCACAGCUUGGCGUCUUAAGCACAGAGACGUUAAAAGCAAACAAAAUCGAUGGAAAACUCAAUUUCGACUGCUGACUUUUUCACCUAGUGUAAUUAUUAUUUGUCAUUCAUCACGAAAAUACUGAUACCGAUAUACUUUUUAAGCUAUGAGAGUGUGUGUAUCAUGGAACGUGUGAAAUAGAAAAUUUUUAAGUGAAAAUCGAAUCGAAAAACUGCUUAACAAUCAAUCAUUUAAGUUGAUUAGAAAAUUACAAUGUCGAUGAUUAAAUCUACGAUAAACUCGGUUGAUGUUACGUAUACGCUCUCAAUCAUUGUUUUUUCAACGUUUUUGUUUUAAAUGUAUCUUUGAUUAAAACCAUUACGUCCUAAUGAAUAGGCAUAUUAUUCAUAAGAGAACUGAAAAAGUUGCACUGAUUAUUUAAUACAUUAAUAUCAAAAUAUAUCAGGUGUGAAAAUCACGUAUGAUCGAUUGCAAAAGAGCACACAUAAUUAAACUGAUUGAACUAAAAACUAUCGGGCACCUUUGCUUAUGAAUAGGUAUAUCCAUCAAAUAUGCUGAAAAACCAUGUUUGUUUAUUGCACGUGACUUUACACUUACGUUGCGUAUUCUCAUGGAGAUCGUGAUGCUUUGAUGUAACGAGCGGGAAAUCCAUGUGAAGAAAAGUGUUUUUCGGUCCAGGUUGUCAAAUAUCAUUAAU